CUGUUUGUAUAUUACUUUUUUAUUCAGUUUGACAUCUACUGCAUUGAGAUACUCGAUCUCGUUCGCUCUGAUAUUCGAUGUUCUGCCAGCAUUCCGGCCUCGCUCAAUUUUACUUCCUAUGCUGGCGCACCUCGUUCUAACUCCACUACCCGCCUAGAUCAUUCCCAGGACGCUGUAUCUGGAACUGAUGUGUAUGACUCCAAGGGUUCUCCAAGAUGCUCUCGCACAGCUGCUCCUAUUUCUGACAAUGUUACAAACGCCCCAGAUGCCCGCCCUUUGCUUUCAUCCAGUAUUAAGGAUGAAUGGAUGUAUGGCUUUCCACCGCCUCCAGCUCAGCUUGAUCGGCUUCUCGUGCCUCGUAAUGAGGCUGUUUCAUUCUGGCCACGCACUUCUGAUUCUCGUGACAUGCUAAUGUGCUGUGAGCUGCUAGAUUCGAUUCCCAGCAUCGCUUCUGGUGGCGCACUUGGCCAUUUUUCGCGGCCUUCUAAUUUAGGCCAGGGACAGGUUCAAGGCUACUCAGCUUUUGGGAAGUCAGGAUUUAUGGGCCGAGCCAAAUCGCCCACCGUUGUUGAUACUAUCUACACCCGGCCAUUUCCAUUAUACGAGUCACAUUCUUCAUUUAUGAGGCUUAGCAGAAAACUCACCAACCCUUUUCAUUUUCACCUACAGCAUUGCGCUUGCACCUAA